AUGACGACGACGACGGCGGCGGCGGCGACGAAGGCAACGACGACCACGGCGAGCCGGAAGCCGUCGACGACGACAUUGUCCGCCAGCGAGCUCGAAGACGCCACAACAUUGCGCUCGUUGGAUCUUCCGCCGCCCUCACAGCUCACGCAAGCCGACAUUGAGCGUCUUGGCCGUGAGCGGCCCCCCAUCUUUGCCAGCACCUUUAUCGAAGUCGUCUUUGUCAUUGCCAUUGUCAUGUCGCUCAUGAUGAGCGAGUACUUUACCUCUGGCUUCAACGUCAUCCUGCCGACGCUCAGCAACGCCAUCCACAUCCCCGAGUCGGCGCGGACCUGGCCGACCGCCGUGCCCAACCUCGCCGCGGGGGUCGUCCUGCUCCCCUUUUCCCGCCUCUGCAACCAGUGGAGCGCGCGCGUCGUCUUCCUCGGCGGCCACGUCUGGCUGAUGGCGUGGGCCGCCGCCGCGGGCUUCUGCACGGCGCCCACGCCCAUGAUUCUGUGCCGCGCGAUGCAAGGCAUCGGCUUCGGCGCCUUCUUGCCCGCGGGUAUGUCGAUCCUCGGCCAAAUCUACCGGCCCGGCCCGCGCAAGAACCGCGUCUACUGCGUCUAUGGCGCCUUUGCCGCCGUCGGCUUCUACGCUGGCAUCAUGACGGCCGCGCUCACCACCCAGUACGCCGACUGGCGCUGGUACUUUUUCCUCGGCGCCACGCUGCAGUUUGUCGUCAUCUCCAUCAGCUACGCCACGAUCCCGCGCGAGCUCGCCGACGUGGACCCGGCGGCGCGCAUGGACUGGCUGGGGUUGGUCACGUCGGUGCCGGCGCUGACGCUCAUCAACUUUGCCUUUUCGAGCGCCACUCACGCGCCGCAAGGCUGGGCCACGCCGUACAUUAUUGUUUGCUUGAUCUUGGGCGUCAUAUGCCUGGGCCUCACCGUGUAUGUGCAGGGCUGGGUCUCGACGCAGCCCCUCAUACCGCGCAAGAUAUUCAAGCCCAAGUACAUGAUCAGGUUGUUCAUUGCGUUGUUUUGCUUCUAUGGCGUGAACUCCAUUUUCCUCUUUUACAGCAGUCUUUACAUCGGCAACGUUCUUCGUGCGAGUCCCAUUCUCACUGCUGCCUGGUACUUGCCACUUUUAUUUGGUGGCAUCUCACUCGCUAUCCUUGGCGCCCUGGUGCUGCAUCUCUUAUCCAACCAGAUCCUGCUCAUCCUUGCCAGCCUCGGUUUUCUCUGCUGCGCCUUGCUCUUCGCCAUUUUGCCCUUUGACUCUGGCAAGCCCAUCAACAUCCUCUACUGGAUGUACCUCUUCCCCGCCAUAUUCUGCGCGACGCUCGGCAUCGACCUCUCCUUCAACGUGACCAACGUCUUCCUAACGACGGCGCUGCCGAAGCGCGACCAAGCCAUCGUGGGCGGCAUCAUCAACUGUCUCAUGUACAUUGGCAGCUCCUUUUGUCUAGGGUUCAGCGACCUGCUCAUCGCAUCCGUGCAAAAGGCGCGGGGCGUGCACCUCGGCUUGGCGGAGCAGUACCGCCUCGGCUUUUGGCUGGGUGUCGGGCUGUCGGGCGUGGCGCUGCUGUUAACGUUGACGAUGCGGCUGGGUUCGGCGUCGGCAGAGCUGACUGCAGAUGAAAAGGAGGAGCUGCGGCAGAUUGCGGAGAAGGAAAAAGUUUAA